AUGACGACCGCAAAGGGCGCGCCACGACGGAAACGAGCUGUCCAUGGGCCGGAAGGAGCCACGAAGAAGCCGACAGCGACGGCAGCAGCAGCAGCAGCGAAGAAGAAGAAGCUGACGGUCGCUGCCAAGCGGAAGCACGUGCGGGAGCUGGCAAAGGCGGGCCGGUGGAACGAGAUUGAGCGGCUGUACGGCAAGAAGAUCGUGACAAAGGCCAAGACGUACGUGGCGACGCUGGACGGGCCCAAGAAGACGCCGCUGGAGAUUGCGCACGAGAUCCUCAUCAAGAACGGGUACCUGCCGUCGGGCCCAGCGACAAGUGCACGUCGACCUUUGCCUGCGCCUGCAGCGCAUCAAACCACCGCAGGGUCUGGAACGCGGGACUGCAGACCAGAAAGCACAGCGGUCGUAGCUCUCGACUCACCGGUGAAGCUGACAAAGGAGCAGCAACAGCUCAUUGAGACGAGAAGGCAAGAAGCACUGGCAAGACGUCGGCGGGUCCAGCAAGCUGCUCGACCGCAUGUGCAUCCGUCUCCAGCUGUGAUCGAACCAUCCCGUCCUUUUGACGAGGGACUUCGUCAGAUGCGUCAAGCGACUGCCCCGAAACAAGAGCAGCAGCAUCUGGUGCCAGGACAGGUCUCGAGACUGGGCUCCAGUCGACCUGCUGGGCAUCCAAAAGCUCCGACGCAGUGCGUUGUCAUUGAAGAGAGAUGCGCUCGGACAGGCUCAGUUGAUGAGACGAAACACGCUCGACCAGAGUCGUUCUGGGACGAUCUCGAGGCGGCUGCCGAGAUUGUCCAGUGGGAAAACGAGCACAUGGCUGAAGCAGCACUUGAGCAGCAGCAGCAGCUACCUGCGACUCAAAUAGCUCCUGACGAAGAGUGUGGCGACACGUAUCAGAGCUCUCAUCAUCGACGCGAGUCACCGGCAGUUGACAAUCGGCCGCCUACAGUCAUCUCUUUUUCACAAGAGCUACUCGCCGCCGCAGACAUUGUUCAAUGGGAGAAAGAGCGCGAAAGAGACGUACCGGAAGUACCGGCUUCGAGCCAGCCAGGCGACAGCUCUGGCAGCGACCAUGAGCCCGAUGCACCACAGUUUCAGCUGUUGCCUGUGCAUAUCACUGACGAUGUCCAGCAGCCGAGUCAAACUUUCCAUGAGUCUGUGCUUCGUCAGGUCAGCAACAGCCGCGACCGACCAAACAGCACUGGCCAGCAGCUACAUCCACGGGGACCCCAAGUCGAUCGCUCAUCGGCAGCUGUACCGCAGCCAGCACUACAACAAAACAGCGCUGUCUCUGCCAGCGUGACAAAAGCCAGUGACGUGCAUCAACUUCGCCAGACUUCAUCGCAUCCAUCUCGACACCAGCAUGGCUCUCCGACGGAAUUCAUUGACAAGCACCUUUUGGAAGACAAGCUCGGGUUUCCAGUUCUCGAAUUUCUCGACAUGAUGCUUGCUUGA